GGUAGUUAAGACUUGAAUCAUAUCAUCGUCUCAUCAGCAUACAAGCCAAGUCUAUCUCACCAACUCUACUCAAACUUCACCAUCAGAUUAUAUCGACCAACACCGUCAAAAUGAAGACCUUCACGACUCUAGCUUCCCUCAUGCUCGGCCUCUGCCUCACCGGCGUCCAAGCCAGUCUCCCCUACGAGGUCGACAACGUGGAGUGGCGACGAUCGCCUCCCCCCGCCGCCAUCGAGGCCAAGCUCCCCCAUCCCACCGGCACCUACCCCGCCAGCAAGCCGUUCCCGCACCACACCGGAGGUCCUCACCACACCAUGAAGUUCGUCACCAAGACCGGCACCGGCCACGCCUACCCGACGGGCCACCUGAACAAGCCGACGCUGCAGAAGUGCAACGACGUGUCGGAGUGCAAGAACCUCGUCUGCCCCACGGUAUUGGACGCGAAGAAGUCGUGCGCGCCGCUGCUGGAGAGGGGGCAUAGGGAGCAUGGCAAGGAUGUUGAGAAGUAAGUUGCCACCGCACCUGAGGAGCCUUUAAUUAGGUAGGCAUGAAACUUGACAUAGGUAACUAACGGAAUGAUACUUAGGGUCUGCAAGUGCACCUUUUCCAGAAACCAUGGCAGGCCUCCCUUCAGCACGAAGGAGUACAGCAACGGCACAAAUGAGUCCUAAAGCGAUGACAUGGCUACUUACUUAGGUAACCUACCUAUAUGACUUGUUUUUUUGGGAACUGAAAUAAAAACUUGGGGGGGCUUUGAAACUUGUAUAUAAGGGCGAUUGGUGUUGAGGGUAGAUUUACUUGUAAUUCUGAUACCUA